UAGCGUCUCAGUUCCCCAAGCCCUAACGCCUGGCUUCCAUCGCCCGCCGUCUCCGAAGAGGGAAAGAGAAGGUAGAACCAUGGAGAACAACGUCUCAAAGACCGUCAAGGACGUCUCACCCCAUGAAUUUGUCAAGGCGUACUCCGCCCAUUUGAAGAGAUCCGGCAAGAUGGAACUUCCUGAAUGGACAGACAUUGUGAAGACUGGAAGAUUCAAGGAACUUGCUCCGUACGAUCCGGAUUGGUACUACAUCAGAGCUGCGUCAAUGGCAAGAAAGAUAUACCUGAGUCAGGGAAUUGGAGUAGGUGGUUUUCAGAAGAUCUAUGGGGGUCGCAAGAGGAAUGGAAGCCGCCCACCACAUUUCUGUAAAAGCAGCGGGGCAAUUGCCCGUAAUAUUUUGCAACAAUUGGAGAGGAUGGGCAUUAUCGAAAUUAACCCUAAAGGUGGAAGGAAGAUUACUUCUCAAGGGCAGAGGGACCUUGAUCAAGUAGCCGGACGUGUCUAGGUGCACCCAAAUAUGCUCUAUUUUUAACAUCUCGGAGAUGUGAGUUAAUGUUUGCUCGGAAACAGUGAAGUUAUCUUGCUGCUGUGGAUUGUUGAACUAAUCCAUGAAAAUUGGAAAAAUACCCUUAAAAUUUCUUGCUAUUUUUCUGACUAUUAAGAAUUAAUCAGGUUAAUGGAUUA